GCGGGGCCUGCGGGAGCCGGUAGCCGCGGGCAGCCGCCGGGCAGGGCCGUGCCGGGGCUGCGGCGGGGCCUGGCGGCCGGGGAGCCGCCGCUCAGAUAUGGUCCUGAACAUCGUGAGCAUGUGACUUCAAAGAUGGACAAAUGGAUCUUUUAUAAAUUGUGAUUGGCCUUAAGCUGACUUACAACCACUGAAGAACUUCGCAGGACUUCUCUCAUUCCUGAUUUAUGCCUAUCUAACUGCCUCACACCACCAGCUUAAUCAUGUAUGGAAGUGCUCGGUCAGUUGGCAAGGUUGAGCCAAGCAACCAGAGCCCAGGGCGUUCACCAAGGCUGCCACGGUCACCACGCUUGGGCCAUCGUCGAACCAACAGCACAGGAGGCAGUUCUGGGAGUAGUACUGGGGGCGGCAGCGGGAAAACCCUUUCUAUGGAAAAUAUCCAGUCCUUAAACGCUGCCUAUGCUACGUCUGGCCCUAUGUAUCUAAGUGACCAUGAGAAUGUGGGUGCAGACACCCCGAAAAGCACCAUGACAUUGGGCCGAUCUGGGGGGCGGCUGCCUUAUGGUGUUAGGAUGACUGCAAUGGGUAGCAGCCCUAACAUUGCCAGUAGUGGAGUUGCCAGCGACACUAUUGCAUUUGGAGAGCACCAUCUCCCUCCGGUGAGUAUGGCAUCCACUGUGCCUCACUCGCUGCGCCAGGCCAGGGAUAACACAAUAAUGGAUCUGCAGACACAACUCAAAGAAGUAUUAAGGGAAAAUGAUCUGCUUCGCAAGGAUGUGGAGGUGAAAGAGAGCAAGCUGAGUUCUUCCAUGAACAGUAUCAAGACCUUCUGGAGUCCUGAGCUAAAAAAAGAGAGAGCUCUGAGGAAAGAUGAAGCUUCAAAAAUCACCAUUUGGAAGGAACAAUAUAGAGUUUUGCAAGAAGAAAACCAGCAUAUGCAGAUGACUAUCCAGGCUCUCCAAGAUGAACUGCGGAUCCAGCGGGACCUGAACCAACUGUUUCAGCAGGACAGCAGCACUAGAACCAGUGAGCCCUUUGUGGCAGAGCUGACAGAGGAGAACUUCCAACGGCUUCAUGCAGAGCAUGAACGCCAGGCCAAGGAACUCUUCCUGCUACGUAAAACCUUAGAAGAGAUGGAACUGCGUAUUGAGACGCAGAAACAGACCUUAAAUGCACGUGAUGAAUCCAUCAAAAAGCUGCUGGAAAUGCUGCAGAGUAAAGGUCUGUCAGCAAAAGCCACUGAGGAAGAUCAUGAGCGAACAAGACGGUUGGCUGAAGCAGAGAUGCAUGUACACCACUUGGAGAGCCUUCUCGAACAGAAGGAAAAAGAAAACAACAUGCUGAGAGAGGAGAUACAUCGACGAUUUGAAAAUGCUCCUGACUCGGCCAAGACAAAGGCUCUGCAAACUGUUAUUGAGAUGAAGGAUUCAAAAAUUUCUUCCAUGGAGCGUGGCCUCCGGGAUUUGGAAGAAGAGAUUCAGAUGUUGAAGUCAAAUGGAGCUCUAAGUACAGAGGAGCGUGAAGAGGAAAUGAAGCAAAUGGAGGUGUACCGUAGUCAUUCCAAAUUCAUGAAAAAUAAGGUAGAGCAACUGAAGGAAGAGCUAAGUGCCAAAGAGGUUCAAGGGGAGGACCUGAAAAAAAGAGUGGCUGGUCUCCAGGCCGAGAUCGGUCAGGUAAAACAGGAGCUGUCACGCAAAGACACAGAGCUGCUAGCCUUGCAGACAAAGUUGGAGACCCUCACAAAUCAGUUCUCUGACAGCAAGCAGCAUAUUGAAGUCCUGAAAGAGUCUCUUACAGCUAAAGAGCAAAGAGCUGCCAUUCUGCAAACAGAGGUGGAUGCAUUACGCUUACGUCUGGAAGAGAAGGAGACUAUGCUAAAUAAGAAGACAAAGCAGAUUCAGGAGAUAGCAGAGGAGAAAGGGACACAAGCAGGAGAGAUCCAUGACCUGAAGGACAUGCUAGAGGUGAAGGAACGCAAAGUUAACGUUCUUCAGAAGAAGAUUGAAAAUCUUCAAGAACAGUUAAGAGACAAGGAAAAGCAAAUGAGCAGCUUAAAGGAUCGAGUGAAAUCUUUGCAGGCGGACACCACAAAUACUGAUACUGCCUUGACCACGCUGGAAGAAGCACUUGCAGAAAAAGAAAGGACCAUUGAGCGCCUAAAGGAGCAACGUGACAGAGAUGAACGGGAAAAACAGGAAGAGAUUGACAACUACAAAAAAGACAUUAAGGACCUGAAAGAGAAAGUUGGCAUUUUGCAAGGAGAUCUCACAGAAAAAGAGACAUCGUUACUGGAUCUGAAGGAACAUGCUUCAUCCUUAGCUUCAUCGGGACUGAAGAAAGAUUCAAGGCUCAAGACACUGGAAAUUGCAUUGGAACAGAAAAAGGAAGAAUGUUUGAAGAUGGAAACUCAACUGAAGAAGGCUCAUGAGGCAACUCUUGAGGCGAGGGCCAGUCCAGAGCUGAGUGAUCGUAUGCAGCAGCUGGAACGGGAGGUAACACGGUAUCGGGAAGAAUCUGGCAAGGCUCAAGCUGAAGUGGAUCGUCUUCUGGAAAUCUUGAAAGAGAUGGAAAAUGAGAAGAAUGAUAAGGAUAAGAAGAUUGCAGAACUGGAGAGAAAGCACGCCUCCCGCAAAUUGCACCCUCCCUACCAGGUGUCGGUCCCUGCACCGCAACACGUAGGGGGGUUUGUGUGGGACUUCCUGGGAAAUCUCACGUCAAGGCAAGUUAAAGAUCAAAAUAAGAAGGUAGCAAAUCUGAAGCACAAAGAGCAAGUAGAGAAGAAGAAGAGUGCACAGAUGCUGGAGGAGGCCAGGAGACGGGAGGAUAAUCUUAACGACAGUUCCCAGCAGCUUCAGGACAAUCUACGUAAAAAGGAUGAUCGGAUUGAAGAAUUGGAAGAGGCACUCAGAGAAAGUGUUCAGAUAACUGCAGAGCGGGAAAUGGUGCUAGCACAAGAGGAGUCAGCCAGGAUCAAUGCUGAGAAACAGGUAGAAGAGCUGAUGAUGGCCAUGGAGAAGGUUAAGCAGGAGCUGGAGUCUAUGAAAGCAAAAUUGUCCUCUACUCAACAGUCUUUGGCUGAGAAGGAAACCCAUUUGACCAACCUACGAGCAGAAAGAAGAAAACAUUUGGAGGAAGUCCUGGAGAUGAAACAGGAAGCCCUUCUUGCUGCCAUUAGUGAAAAAGAUGCCAAUAUUGCUCUGCUAGAACUUUCAUCCUCCAAAAAGAAGACCCAAGACGAAGUGGCUGCACUCAAGCGAGAGAAAGAUCGCCUCGUACAACAGCUCAAGCAGCAGACUCAGAACCGUAUGAAGCUGAUGGCUGACAACUAUGAGGAUGACCACCUCAAAUCCUCAUCCCAUUCCAACCAAACCAACCACAAGCCCUCCCCAGACCAGACAAUUCAGCCCCUCUUAGAACUCGAUCAGAAUCGCAGCAAGUUGAAGUUAUACAUUGGACAUCUGACAGCCCUCUGCCAUGACCGUGACCCCCUGAUUCUGCGUGGACUCACCCCACCUGCUUCCUACCACCUGGAUGAUGACCGGACAGCUUGGGAGAAAGAGCUGCAGAAGAUGACCCAGCAGCAGCUUCGUGACGAGUUAGAAAAGGGCGAGAAGGAAAGCGCGGAGCUGCAGGAGUUUGCCAAUGCCAUCUUACAGCAGAUAGCGGAUCACUGCCCUGACAUCCUGGAGCAAGUCGUCAAUGCACUUGAGGAGUCAUCAUGACCUCGGCCACUGGCCCCGCUGGAGCAGCACACCAGUGGCCAAGCCCAGUCAGUCCAAGGAGCCAUGAGAGGAGUGUGAAAGACAGAAAAUGGAAUAGAAACUUCUGGUGCACCUUUUACAAGGAAAACAAAAGAAAAAA